AUAAUAUACACUUUAUCUAUAUCAUUUCAUUGGAGAAAUAAGAAUAAGGUUUGGGAUUUUCAUUUUCAUUCUCAGCGUUUAUAGUUUUUGAUAACUGAACAUAGAAGAACAAGGUGCGAAGAAGAAGAAGAAGAAGAAGAAGAAGAAGAAGAAGAAGAAGUUGAAUUUAAUUGAACUCACUCACGAUCGCACCUCAAACUCCGAUUCCGAUCAUUUCUCUCUUUCUUCUAUAUUUUGUUCCUUUGAGGUUUUUUUCAGAGGUUUUGUUACAGUUUUAUGCUUGAUUGUGUUGAUUUUCUGACUGUUAAGAUUAUUAAUAUAUGGGCUGAGGUGAACUUUUCAUGGGAGGUGUGGACGAUGAAGAACCAGCUUUGAAACGUAUGAAGCUUUCGGCGAAAGGAUUAGUUGGAUUGGCGAACGGGUCUUCUUCUAAAGAGCCUGUUGGAGGUUUCUCCAGUGACUCCAUGGCUCGGCUACUACCGUCCGAAGGGGACGAUCAGGUUGUCGGUUCCAAAGGGGUUAUAAAGAGAGACGAGUUUGUUAGGAUAAUUGCAAAGGCAUUGUAUUCGCUUGGUUAUAGAAAGAGUGGGGCGCGGCUAGAGGAGGAGUCUGGAAUACCUUUACACUCACCUGGUGUGAAUCUGUUUACGCAACAAGUACUUGAUGGGAAUUGGGAUGAGAGUGUAGCUACAUUGCGUAAGAUUGGUUUGACAGAUGACACUAUUGUCAGGUCGGCCUCGUGUUUGAUAUUGGAACAGAAAUUCUUUGAACUUCUAAAUGGGGGAAAGGUUAUGGAAGCAUUGAAGACCUUGAGGGAGGAGAUUACUCCACUUUGCAGGGAUAGUAGUAGAAUUCGGGAACUUUCGUCCUGCUUAGUGUCUCCAUCUCCUAAGCAAGAUAUUGUAAAGGUGAGAUCUCGGUCAAAGCUUCUAGAGGAAUUGCAGAAACUGCUUCCUCCAACAGUGAUGAUACCUGAAAAGAGGUUGGAACAUCUGGUUGAACAAGCCCUUACCUUGCAGCGAGAGGCUUGCCCAUUUCACAACUCAUUGGAUCAGAUGUCGUUAUAUUCAGAUCAUCAUUGUGGAAAGGAUCUGAUACCAUCUAGAACAGUACAGAUCUUAGAAACACAUGAUGAUGAGGUCUGGUUUGUACAAUUUUCACAUAAUGGGAAGUAUUUAGCUUCAGCGUCAAAUGAUCAAACUGCAAUCAUCUGGGAGGUUGGCGUAAAUGGGGUGUGUGUGAAGCAUAGAUUAUCUGGUCACCAGAAACCCAUUUCUUCUGUUUCAUGGAGUCCUAAUGACGAAGAGCUCCUCACAUGUGGAGUGGAGGAAUCUAUUAGGCGUUGGGAUGUCUCUACCGGCAAGUGUCUCCAAAUUUAUGAAAAAGCUGGUGCUGGCUUAGUCUCCUGUACAUGGUUUCCAAGCGGGAAACAUAUACUUUCUGGCUUAAGUGAUAAGAGCAUUUGCAUGUGGGAAUUAGAUGGGAAAGAAGUGGAGUCUUGGAAAGGACAAAAAUCGCUUAAGAUUUCUGAUUUGGAUAUAACGGCUGAUGGGGAAGAGAUUAUAAGCAUCUGUAAACCCAAUACAGUAUUGCUGUUCAAUAAAGAAACAAAGGAUGAGAGGUUUAUUGAAGAGCGCCAGACAAUAACUUCUUUUUCUUUGUCAAAGGAUAACAAAUUUUUGUUGGUUAAUCUUUUGAACCAAGAAAUUAAUCUUUGGAAUAUUGAAGGCAAUCCUAAGCUCAUUGGGAAGUACAAAGGUCAUAGGCGCUCGAGGUUUAUUAUAAGGUCUUGCUUUGGUGGACUUGAGCAAGCUUUCAUUGCAAGUGGAAGUGAGGAUUCACAGGUUUACAUAUGGCACCGAAGCUCAGGAGAGCCGAUAGAGGCACUGCCUGGUCAUUCAGGAGCUGUUAAUUGUGUGAGCUGGAAUCCAGCCAAUCCCCACAUGUUAGCCUCUGCCAGUGAUGACCGGACAAUUCGGAUAUGGGGCCUUAAUAGUCUGAAUAAAAAGUACCAACAUGCGCACAGCAAUGGCAUCCAUUACUGCAAUGGAGGAACUUAGAUGACAAACUCUUUUCAAUUGAUUUACCUUUUUAUUUUCAUUGCAAUUGUGUAAAUACCAUUACUGUCAUCAAAAGUAGACAUUUAUUUCAAAACAUGCAUGUGACAUUUCAUAAAUUUCAUAAUAAAUUGUUGUUUUAUUUCAUUCA